UACAAUGACUCGUAUCGACUCUCUUUCCAAUGAACCAAGUAGUCUAACAGAUGUUACUGAAAAAUUUAUACAAGCUGCCAAUCAACUUGAAAUAGGUGAAAUGAUACAUUCCAGAGACUUUUCUUUACAGAAAACCCUCACUGCAGUUCUGGUGGGUGAUCCUUUCUUUGACAAGACACUCGCUUCAAAUGUGAAAAAGACUUGUGAAGAAAACCAAAAUUGGAUACCUUGUGAGAAACUCGAUGAUAAUCAGUUGAUUUCUUUGAUGUAUAAGUUCAUUGCUUAUUUUACGAGUUGGUUGGAUGGACAGAGUUUUUUUCAAACUGUAUACUCUUGCAUAUAUCUCCGACAGUUAAAGUCCUUGAAUAAUAUGAAACUGAGAAACUUUCUUUUUAUGUCAGUGAAAGCCUGUCAGUUGAUUGAUAAAUGUAUUAUAGAAGCACAAGUGGUCGAAGAAGAAGACUUUGUGUUGGGCCAACCACUUUUGGAGUCCAUAGUCUGGAGUGAUAUGGAAGCAGAUUAUCUAAUAGCACAACAGUCCAUAUUAGAGUCAUCUUGGAAGGAACCAAAUAGAUGGAAUAAGCCUUUACAACUCUUUUACUAUAUUUGUAAUAUUUUGGAUUCCAAUUUGAAUCAGUCCUUUGAAAAGUCGAAACAAGACAUCAUUGCUGCAAAGAAAACACUUGCAGAUAUUUCAGUGGAUGCAUCGAAUGUUGACUUGAUGGAGGAGACUUUAUUUGGUUUUGAUGUUUGUUUACAAGUCUCUAACUAUGAAAUUCCUCGUAGUACUACUCCUUAUACAAUUACAAUGGCGCUACAGAAACUUGAACAUUUAUUGACAGAGUGGGAAGAAUUGAUCGAUUGGAUUAGAAAAUAUACUUUGGAAAUAGAAAACUCCAAUCAUAUCUUUCCAUUAUUAUGUAACAUUUUCUCUUUCAAUCGCUCCAAACGUCAUAUUGUUACACGUUCUUUACUUUAUAGUCGUUGUGUCAUUUCGACCACAACUUGGAGUCGUACCAUUUGGUUGAAGAAUAUGGGAUGGAAAGUUUGGCAGUCUCGUAGCAAAGAUUGGAAUUUGGAUUCUAUAUCCAAAGUGAAUCAUUCCAUUCAUCUAUUAGAUUAUCUUAUUCAAGACCUAUUUCAUGUAUUAUGUCUCAAUCGAGGAAAACAACGUAGGAAGUUGCUCAAUCUGUUGAGUCAUGUGGAACAAUUGUAUACGCAGUCUAUUGGUAAAAGGGAAACAACCCAAUCUGUAUCAGGAAAAGAAGACAAUCCCUUAUCUUUGUUUAUAAAAGAAUUGGGUUAUAUGAUUUCCAUUCAACAUCUUUUAUUAGGGUUUGACUGUGAUUUGUAUGAUUCGAGUGAAUAUUCAGCUGUUUAUUUUGUACUUGGUUAUCUUUAUGAAUGUUGGUCAGGUAUUAUAAUGCAUUCUUCUUCUUCAUUAUGUUGGAAAAGUCAACAACUAAGACUAUUAUGGGAGAGUUGGAUAAGGUUGUGUAGCAAAUUGUAUAGGAGCAGUUGUCUAUUAUUGGAAUGGGAACAAGAAAGAAAGCAAUGGUUAUGGAACAAGUUGAGCCAAACACGACAAGAAAACUUGGAAAGGAAUCCUUUAUUUAUUCAUCCUUUAACUUAUGAAAUACGAUUCUCAGCAUUGACAACUUGUAGCUUUAUGCAGAAGAUACAAUACUCGUUAUAUUAUAGGGAGAUUGUUGAGCCUAUUUCACUUUGUUUUUCCAAUUCUACUAUCCAGAAUACUCUCAACUACUGGUUAGAGCCACUACAAAGUUCAUUUGAGUCUAUCAAGAAGACUUUAGAAUAUAUGCUGAAGAAUGAUACAUUUUAUUUUAUGAUUUCGACCAAACCAAAUUACUUUAUAAGGAAUGGAAUAGAAAGGAUACUUGCUGUUUUAUGGAAUCUUGUAAGAUUGCAAUGAUUCCUAUAAAAGGAGAACCCUAUUU